GCAGCGCCUCCCGAGCCCCGGGCCCGCAGCGCCGCCCGCGCUCUGCCGCAGCGCGCCGCAGUCGGUCCCCGCGCGGCGCCGGAGCCAGCGGGCUGCGGCCUCGUCACGUGCCCUCGGCGGCCGCGGCAAGGGUCUGAUCGAUUUCUGUCUGCGUUGCCUGGGCUGCGCACCGAUCGAUCACAGUGGUGCCUGCACAGAACCCGGACCAGGAAGGUGCAUGCGGCGGGCCCUCGGAUUUCGCGUUCCGGUGGUGGUGAAUUCUUUCCAAACAUAAGAGGAAUAAAGAAGUCACCUCCCCAACUGUCAUCAUCUUCCAACAGAUUGAGCAAGAAUAUUUUGAGCAGCACAGACAAGACAGUUCAUCAAGCCCUAGAUGAUGGUCGACCAUGUGAAUUUCUCAAGAAAAGGAAUAGGGUGAAUGAAUAUGAUCAGAAAAGCAGCAAUACGAAUGCUGGCCCAUCUUGGAGCAAAGCCCAACAUUCAAGGAAUUCUUCAGGAAAACGACAGAGUAAAUCCCAAGGAGCCCAGGCUUCCUCCCAGAGGAGAAGCAGCCUCUUGGGGGUCUCCCCCGGAGGCCAGCCCCAGGCCAUCGCCCUGGGCUCUAGGCACCGGGAGGCCUCGGAGGAUACGUUGUUUCUUCACUUUCAGUCCAUGCGAAUUAUUAAGGAAGACGUGGAGGAGGACAGUGGGAGUGACCUGUCAGAUUCGGAAAGAAUCCCCAUUCCUCCUUCUCCCCUGUCCCCUCCAGAUCUCAAGCUUCGAGCUGAAGAAAUUGACCCCAUUGACUUUGACCUUCCCCCGGGGCAGGGUCACACCAAGCCUGAGUACCGCUAUCCUGACUUCCUUCCACCCCCUUUCUGCUCCUGGGACCUGCGGGAUAUGGCCCUGCUUCUGAAUGCAGAGUGCAGAACCCCAGAGGUGCCCCGGGCUGGGGGACUUCUCGGCAAGUACAUUGACAGGCUCAUCCAGCUGGAGUGGCUGCAGAUGCAGACCGUGCAGUGUGAAAAGGGGAAGGCAGCCAAGGCAAGGCCUCCCGCUGCCCCUGGGGCCUCGGGGGCGCUGAAGAGCCCAGGGAGAAGUAAGCUAAUUGCUACUGCCCUGUCCAGGCCACCACCUUACAUGGAAGGGGCUUCAAAGUCAGGCCCUUCACAAAAGAAAGGUUGGCCCCACGGAGAAGUUCAUCCCUCCUAUUAUGCGUUUGAGACUUCCCCCAGGUCCCCUGAUGUACCGAGUAGCACUAGGCUGUGUUCUCGGAAGCAAACCCCUGAGACGAGGACUGAAGAAAAGAAAAAGAAAUCAAGUAAGGGUAGCAAGUUGCAGCGCUGGGAUUUGUCUUACAGUGACAGCAGCCCCAAGAUAGAAACCAGCGGUAACAUCCGGAUUCCCAGACAGACAGCCGUGAUUCUGGACUCGGCAGACUCCUAUAAGAGCUCCAGAGCACAAGCACAUGCACAUCUUAAGAAAAAGGGAAAUACAAAUAACUGUGGUCAUGCCACUGUACCCAGUGAGAAGAAACUCAAGGCAAAUGGAGUAAAACAAAACACACAUAAAUUGAAAUAGUGUCUGAAAUGAUGGUCUGCCAAGACCUGUAGACCUAAAUAUUGGAGCUCUUCCAAAAUUACAAUACUGUGAAUUUGAAGGCAUUUUAUGACUGAUGUUUGAGUGGUUGAUAGGCUCUUGACUCCACCCAUCCCACACCAGUAGUGUUAUUUUCAGCAAUCUGUGUCUUGCUAUGACAUAAGCCUUUCUUUGCUUGACAGUCUUAGACAUUUGAGAACCCUUUAGGUAAAAAUUAACCAAAGUAUGUGCCAUAUACAGGAACAUGGCAGUGCUCUGGAAGAGUCAAGGAAACUUCUAGAGUGGUAGACAGUCUGGGUAGUACGGACAGGUUGGCUCCCCAUUUCCUCUUGCAUGUAAGUGUGUCAAACAGGCAGACUGUUUUAAAUGACGUGAAAUCCUAGCAUUUGAAACAAGGCGCUCUGGAUCCACUGCCUCUCCUGCUUUUGCGUGAGCUCUUCGAGGAGAAUUUGUAUUCAUUUUAUUCCCAGAGAAGCCUUGUUCCUCCUGGGUCAGGGAGUACACAAGUUUCUAUUUUGAGCGGUCAUUUGUCACUAAAUUGCUCACUCACUACAGAUAACGGCAUCUGGAACUUCAAUACUUCUGACAUGGGACUCUUUUUUUUUUUUUUUUUUUAAAGGGAACAUUGAAUUUAGAAGCAGUGGUGAAAUCCAUUUCUGAAUUCUCUAAACAGAAUAAAAAUAAUUUGCAGAUUUUCCAGUUGGAAUGCCAGCAGGUCAAAGCAUGAUUUUUGUUUGGUGGGGCACAAACAUACUGCGUGGCACCCAAGAGUUUCUGGUGUGGAAGGUUUCCCUUAAGGAGUCCACAGAAACAGCCCCUCUUAGAAGCCGGGAGGAAGGGACUGCAUCAGGCUGAAAACUCACGGGACCUAGAUCCUAUUGUCCUUAGUCAAAAAUAAGGAUCUGUUUCAGCUUGCAAGAGCAGGGUUUUAUAAUCUAGUCUGCGUGUGGGGGCGGGGAGGGGAGUGUGGAUGAAGUUGCUGGAUGUGUUUUCACUGUCCACAUCUGGACUUGGUUUCCUGGCUCUUCUACAAGUGUCUUCCUUCCCUGCAGUUAAGUGACAUCUUGUUCUUGUGCUGUGAACUUUCUGUUGAUGGUUGUAUCUUCAAGACCUUUGAUUGACAGCUUCUUGAUUGUGUGUGUUCUAAUGACUGGUUGAUUUUAUCCCUUCACACAAUUGCUGUGUUCUGUGGGGUUUUUUGUUUUGUUUUUACAUCUGUGUUUUUAUUUUUUCACCUUUGGGGCAAAUGAAAAAUUUGCAUGUUGUAUUUGAACACAUAAUGGCAUACAAACUCUUACUGCAGAUAGCACAAGGACAUUUAUAGUUAAAAGAGUGUGCAGAGGCUAAAUAAUGUCUCUUUUUAAAACUGAUCUUAACCACAGAUGAGAAAUUUUACAGUAGGACUUUAGGUGCAGGUUUUUGCAGAUUCUUCACCUCAUGCACCACCCCACUGGAAAAAGCAUGCUCUGUGCUAAGGUCUCAUGCCUGUUUAUGCCAACAGAAAUGUCCAUGUAGUAGGCUUUGCUUCCAUAGUCCUCAGUAGAUGCACUGCAUUUGAAAAGCAGCACUGCUCUUAAUCCUCCUUUCUGUGGUUCCCGAGUGGCAUCCCAUGUGCCCUGGCCUGCCCUGCUCCUCGGGAGCACGGAUUAGCCCAUUACGUGUGGUUGGUAUCCCUCUGCAAGAUUUUUAUGCAGCUCUUUAUAAAGUUUCAUGACCAGUUAAUAUAUGUAAUAUAAUAUUGUGCACAUGCACAUUUCCUAUAUGCGCUGAGGGUUCGUGCUGAGCCCUGUCUUGCCUGAAGUGCGUUCUCCUGGGUGUUCUCAGAGGCCUCGCGCGGGUGAGGUGAAGCUCUUUCCUUUCCCUCCGCCCACUUGUCUGAGCUGAGGACCAUGUUGAUGGAGGUCCGAGGCAGUGCCUCCCCUCCCAGCUGUGUUAACUAGAGUCGGUUACUUCCUCUGGGAAUCGUCAUGUAUUCAGACAGUUUUGAAAGCCUGAAAAACUGACUUUCCUUGUUUACUUUUUUUGCCUCAGGUUGGUUAUCUUAACCAGUAUUAUUGGAUGGGAUCAGAGCUCCUAAUGAAGAGUAUUAAGCUUUUUUUUAAAGUUAGGUCUGCUACAGGAUUUGCAUAAGCACAAUCUUAACUUGAUGCUGUGAUACGUAUAGCCAACACAACCCAGUGCACCGACUGCUGCAGAAGAGAAUCGGGGAACGUCGGUGCAGAUGGUGUUGGAAAGCUGAGCUGUGCACUUGCGCGGUUCGUCGAAUCCCGCGUCUGGUGACAGGAGUCCUUGCGUUUUCAAGAAGUGCCUCUCAUUUCUGACCUUGCACUUAGACCUAUUAAAAUGAUCCAAGGUCAAAACAAUCCAAAAGAGUAUAUGAAAAACUAUUUCAGGCUUCCCCUCCGUGGACAAAUUUGUAGAGAAGUAUAAAAAUGGACUAUAAAAACCCGUCAGUAUUUGCUGUGAUUGUUUAAAGUCAGACUAUUUUCCAAGUCUUUAAACGCAUAAAAGGGCUAAAGGUUUGUAAAUAACUUGAAGGGGGUCGAAUUGGUGGCCUGUGAUAGAACGUGGGGGAGAUGUGCCCAUUGGUCUGAACAGCUGCUAAGAGGAGAAGGUGGGUGGCAGUUCUUCAGCCAUCUAGAUUACAUUCCAGAGACCAGAAUUGCCGCUCGACAUGUAUGAUGCUGUUUCCUCACUUUUUUGCUCAUUUACUCAAGUAGUUACAUAAACAUAUGAAGCUCUUGGUGGUACUGCAUUUGAAGAUUACAGAGGCAGUAUUUAUUAUUUAUUUAUGUACAUGUUCAGGACACUAUUUUAAAUGGCCUGGAAAAUCUUCAGCAUGUUUAUUGGCUAUUUUAAUGAUGGUAUGUUUCAUUUUGUAUAGAACCAAAUUCCUGUACGUUUUUGUGAACUCAUUUUCUUCCUUCCUUGAGAUCAAUUAAACAGCAGAAAAAUAGCUGGA